GACGAUGACAGCAAUUUCCACAUCGACUUUAUUACGGCCAUGUCCAAUCUGCGUGCCACCAACUACGGUAUCGUAAAUGCCGACCGUUUCACUACCAAGGGUAUUGCGGGUAAGAUCAUCCCAGCCAUUGCCACUACAACCAGUGCGGUGACUGGUUUGGUCUGCCUGGAGCUUUUGAAGGUGCGCAUUAAUGAAGAGUUUG